AUGCGGAAGGCGUAUGAUCGUGUGGAAUGGAGUUAUUUAGAGGCCAUCAUGCUAAAGCUGGGGUUUAGUCCUGUUUGGGUUGCCCUAGUGAUGAGGUUGGUGUCCACCGUAUCUUUCUCGGUUCUUUUCAAUGGAGUACCGCAGGAAGAGUUCUGUCCCUCUCGAGGGAUUCGUCAGGGAGAUCCUUUGUCCCCUUAUUUGUUUUUGUUGGCAGCAGAGGGCCUCUCGGGCCUCCUCAAGUUUAACCAGUCACCAGCGCUUCAGGGAGUUAAAGUGGCGGCGUCCGCCCCGGCGGUAAACCACCUGCUCUUUGCUGAUGACAGCCUGCUGUUCUUCCAUGCAAAUAAUGAGGGUGCUCUGGAGAUGAAAGAGUUACUAAAUAAGUAUUGCAAUGCGUCAGGGCAACGCAUCAAUGUGGACAAAUCAUCUGUCUACUUUAGCAAAGGGUGUCCAGGGGGAGUUAGAGAAGGGAUCAAGGGGAUCUUGGAAGUUGACCGGGAGACUCUUAAUGAAAAGUAUUUGGGCAUGCCUGCCGAUGUGGGGAGUUCGAAGAAUGGAGCAUUCAAAUAUUUGAGAGACAGAGUACCAGACUCUCUGUGUGCAAAGAUCUUGAAGGCUGUUUACUACCCGGAUGGGGAUGUUCUGUCAGCAGUUCUGGGCUCUCAUCCGUCUCAAGUCUGGCGUUCGAUCAUAGAGGGACGCGAUGCUCUGAAGAUCGGGCUAAUUAGGCGCAUCGGAGACGGACGCUCUACUGAUGCAUGGGUGCAGAAUUGGCUGCCUAGAGAUGAACGGCUGAGACCUGUAGCGCCAAGGAAAGCUGAUGCACCGCAGAUGAUUGGUGAUUAUAUCCAUCAUCAUAUUGCAGCUUGGAACACGGAGAAGCUAGAAGAGUAUUUCCUUCCGAUGGAUGUGGAGAUAAUUCGAAAUAUUCCGCUGUGUACUCGGUUCCAAGAUGACUUCUGGUCUUGGCAUUUCGAGAAUAACGGACAGUUUUCAGUGCGCUCUUGCUAUCGGGCGCUUGCAGCGACGAAGCGGGUACGUGAAGACUGGCUGGAUGGUAAUUCGGCAGCAUCGGAUACAACCAAGGAAGAAAAGGCGUGGAGCAAACUAUGGAAGAUUUAUGUGCCGUCCAAAAUACGUCUGUUCCUUUGGAGGUUGGCAAAACACUCGAUACCAACAGAGGACAUUCGACAUCAUCGUCAGAUGGCUCCGACGCCGGCAUGCUCUAUAUGCGGGUUGGAGGACUCAUGGCGACAUUCAUUAAUUGAGUGCAAUCCUGCACGCUGUGUGUGGGCGUUAACAGCCGAGGAUAUCACUGAGCAUAUUGCUUUGUCGACAGAGCCCACGGCAAAGCAAUGGCUGUUCCAUAUGAUAGAGUCUAUGGGAAAGGACGACCUCACUCGUAUGCUUGUAACUUUAUGGGCGAUUUGGCAUGCGAAGAGGAAGGCAGUGCAUGAGGACAUAUACCAGAGUCCAAUGGCGACGAUGGGUUUUGUCAACAACUUCUGUCGGACACGGCUCGUUGUGAGAGAGCAAGCCCAGUGCAGCAGCCGUAAGCCUGUACUGUUCCGAGGCAGGCGGCUUGGAUCGCUCCACCUGAAGGCAGGAGCAAGAUCAAUGUAG